AUGAAAGUGGCAAUAGUUACUGGUGCCAAUAGAGGUAUCGGAAAUGGUUUGGUUGAAGAAUUUGCUCGCGAAUUGAAGCCCUCCUCAAAUUGGGAUAUCUACUUGACUGCACGAAAUGAAAGAUUGGGUUUAGAUGCAGUAAAUGAACUUUCCAAGAAGGGACUGGCGGUGAAAUUUCAUCAACUCGAUAUCACCAAUCCAGAGAGCAGGAAGGAGUUGGCUCAAUUCAUCUCUGACAAAUAUCCCGAUGGGAUACAUAUUCUUGUUAACAAUGCCGGUGUCCUUCUUGAUGGUGGAUCAGGUCUCACAUACGCUGAGAGAGCAAAACAAACCAUGGAUAUCAAUUACACAAGCAACGUUAAAAUGUGCACGGAAUUUAUGCCCCUUAUGGCUCAAGACUCUCGAUUGGUGAAUAUGUGCACAGGGGAUCUUGUGUGGGCUUUUCAAGGCGUGAGCAAGGAGAUUUCUGAUAAAUUCCGGAGUCAAAUGACUUUGGAGGAAAUCGAUGAGAUCAUGGCUUCCUAUAUAAGUCAUGCAUACAAGGGUACUCAUAGAAAAGCUGGUUUUGUUCAGUCAGCUUAUGGUAUUUCCAAAUUAGGUUUCUACAAAGCUACCGUCACUUUAGCUGAGCAAAUGAAGUCUGACCCUCGUCAUAUACUUAUCAAUUGUUGUUGUCCUGGCUACGUGAGGACCGAUAUGACAGGUUAUCAUGGAAAUAAAACUAUUGCCCAGGGUAGGUGCACUUCAUUUAUCCCACUCUUGUCUUUUUUGUCCUUUCUCUGGUUAUGGAAAAGGUCAGAAGGUCAUAUAAUGCUGUGA